GGGACAGAAUGCGCAUCUAAUACGCUGCCGAGUACGACGUGCGGGAUCGGAUAGUGCACCGGAUACGAACUACAUAAAGACACUGCUACCCAACACUGCGGCUUAUAUUAUUACAUGUAAAUUGCCAUCCUCCAAGGGAGCCCCCUUUCUCGGCUCUGCUGUUGCGACUCAGAUACUUGUUGGGCCUUUUCUCCUGCCUAUUUUUUCUCUACUCUCUUUCAUCGGAGAAUAGAAGCCGGAUUGUUAUACGUAUCACAUAUACAUAUUAACUGAGCUACCUCGCUCAUGGUCUCAAAUUACAUAGUCGGCACCAAUGAAUUUUUGUUUUCUCUAUGCUGUACAAAUGCAUGAAAGUUCAUACCGCCGCCUCGAGUUCCAAGCGUAUCAUGCAUUUACGUAUAGUAUUUCAAACUAAUGAACUCGACGCUGAGUUUCGAAGUAGUAUAUUUUUGCUUUUCUCGUCAAUAACGGUGAAAUGGAGGUUACACACAAGCCAUUCCAUUUCGUCCGCCGACUGGCAUAUACCCCAUACACGUUUCGAGAUCAAACCCGUCCAUGAUCAGAAAAUACAUACGUACAUAUUUCGCACAUACUUAUUAUCUACAGCGCUUCCUGUCGGGGGAGGCUUUAUUUCUUUUAUUUUUCCUUCCUUCCCUUCUUAAUGUGGCCUGUGGAGCAAGGCCAUGUUGAAGGUCCAAUACUCUAAACUCGGGGAUCUUACUACUACCUAACCCCGGUUUUCGCCAAUCUAACACAGCACUCAAGUGAAGGGCUUAUUCGACGCCAGCUUUAGCGCGGAUCCGUUUUGAGUCUUCGCUCCGUUUACGAAGCUAUAUUAUUGUCAUCACUUUUUUGCUACACG